CACUAUGUUACAAUGUUGCGCAUUCGGAAUGCAUUUCCGCAAGCUGAUUAUGCCAGUGAGUCAGCUGCACCUCCGAGGCUGAGAUCCUCCUUUACUUUCUCUCUUGGUCUUUACCUUUCUUCUCGUCCAUCGUUGCUUCGCUCAUAGUCUUCACCUUUGCUGCUCACCGGUUUAGCAGAUCAUCUCUUCUUAUUUACGCCUAGCAUCCUCACUUUGAGAGACCAGAAAAAGUGCCACCUGCUCUUGCCUACCUCUUUCCUACUUGCAAAGAUCUACAAGAUCUCUUGAUUCAAGACACCGGCGCAGGUGCGCCCAUAGCACCAUUGCCGUUUCUUUCGAGCCCUUACUCCGCCACAAAGCAUGGCGCCAUCCCCCUUCGGACAGCUGGGCGCCUUGCCCCUGGAACUUCGGCUGGAGAUUUACGAAAGGCUAUUUUGGAAGCCGACACCAUCCGUGGGCAUUUUGUGCUGCUCUCGCGCGAUCUACGAAGAAAUCACUGGUCGCCUCUACGGCACCCUCGACAUCGACCUGACACCAUCAUGGUACAGCUGUCGGCUUGAGAUUCGCUGCCAGGCACUGCGAUUGCACUGGAGAAUACCCUACUCCACCCCUGCCAUCCGCGAUCGCUUCUCUCGACUCCCGUACCACAAGACCAAUCUCCACAUUCACAUCUACGCACCGGAUCCGCACGACCCCGGGCAGAUCAUUCUUCUAUGGAACAAUAUCCGGAACCUCACAAGCUUUCUCGAAGCCGCGACAAUAAAGUCGAUUACCAUUGACCUCAAGGAGUAUAAGGGAAGUGAUUGGCAGGACGCCGGUCGCGCGGUGGAGAGCAUCCCAUAUCCUGGAAGCCAUCAACCCGACCACAACGUCGUCUUUCUCCCGUUCUGCCGACUGUGCAAUGUCAAGAGCCUCCACAUCGUCCCGUCAUCACGUCGCAUGGAUCGUGUGAUUGACUGGGGCUUCAUAAACUACGGUCGCGAUUUCAUCCUCAACAACGGAUACGAGACGUAUAACGAUGGCACCCUCAGCCAGGACCCGCGCUACCGCGACGUGGUGCCCCUCUUCGACGACCUCAACGGAACGAUACGCGACAUGCAGUUCUUCCUCGACACCCGCUUGGACCUCCUGCCGGGAGACACUGCGGCCAUGCUUCGCCUGGGUUGCGCCAGCCGAUUUUCCACGAGCACAUUUCCGACGCACCACCGGGAGCUUUUCCUGACGCUGCGCGAAUGUCCGAAGGCGAUCACACUCCACGACCCCGGGCUGGAGAAGUGGUGCAUCCGUCGCUGGCACCAUUGGAACAUUUUCUGGGGAAACAACAUGAACUGGAAGUGGUCAUGGGACGAAUGGUGCCAGCGAUAUCCCGACGGGCUUCCGCCUUUCACCCCGGAGAACGUCCAUGGCUAUUGGCGGGCGAUCCCUAGCAGCCCACUUCAUGGGUGGAAGAGCAAAGGAUGCAUCGACCGGGAAGGGGAGUUCGAGUUCCGGAUCUGGAGCUACCUGCACCGUAACUGGAAUCAGGAGAGCAUUGGACAGCUUCACUUCUUCGAGCGGGAGUGGUGCACCGAUUGCCGCCAUCUGGGCUUCCAGGUAGGCUGCGAGGAGGGCUGUGAGCGUCUCAGUCGAUUUGACUAUCCAGAAGCCUGGGAAGAGGAUGACGAAGGUGACUACUCGGAUCCCGAGCUUGUCCUUUAG